GCUCUCCCUUUGGCACAGAGCAGGCUGGCAGCACAAGAGCCAUGUGUUUUAGCUCCACGCUUUGAAGGGCUCAAAAAACUUUUUUUCAGAACUGUUUCUGAGAAAGGGGGGGGGGAGAGAGAGAGAGAGAGAGAGACAGAGAGAGAGAAAAGAGGAGGAGAGUUGGGGCGAAAGUGAGUGUAAGUGUGAGCGAGAGAGAUGGGGAGCAGAAGGAACAGCAGACAAAAACAAGCUGUCCUCCAUGUGCUGAUCUGAUCUCAGUUGUUGAAGGAUACUUUAUGUUGGACAAUAUUUCUGCAGGAGACUCGACAACAGGCUGUAAUCCUCACUCGGCACUUCCCAUCCCAUAAUUGAGGAAGUUAGCCACCAGUUGUUUCAACGAUGCAGUGCGACGAGCUCUCAGCCAGAGAGGAGUUCACCUACAGCCACGUGCCCACCCUGGAGAGGGCCAAUGGGUCGCUGGGACGAAGGGGCGACAGGGGAACAGACAGAAGGCCGGACAGGGGGGAGCGGUACAGGCCCGAGCGGGACAGCUACACAGUGGACGUGAGGGCCAGUGACCUGCAGCUGGCCCAGCCGGAGCACCUAAAGCACCCCUGCUUCAGCUACAGGGCCUGGCUCUACAGUGUCCUCAUAGGGGGCAGUCUGCUCGUCACAUCUGGUUUCUCUCUGUACCUGGGAAAUGUGUUUCCUGUUGCCAUGGACUACCUGCGCUGUGCUGCAGGCUCUGGCCUCCCUGCAGCGAUCGCCAGUUUUGCCAUCGCCAAGAACAGACAUGUUGCAGUGUCAGAUUUCCAGGUGGUCUACGUGUCGACAUUUGCAGUGACGACCACCUGCCUGGUUUGGUUUGGAUGUAAACUGGUCCUGAACCCUUCUGCUGUCAAUAUCAACUUCAACCUCAUCCUGAUGAUUGUGCUGGAGGUGUUGAUGGCCAGUACCGUCAUCCUGUCAGCCCGCUCUGCAGAGGACUGCUGCUGCCACAGGAAGCCGGCGACAUACGACAGAUCUGUGGCUCUAAGGCCCGCAGUGUUCCCCACUCGACUCCUCAAAGCCUACUCUGUGAUCGAAGUAAUCGUGGGGAUUUCUGCUGUAUUCGGAGGGAUUAUUGCGCUCAACAUGGACGCUUUGCUGCCUGGCCCCUACUUGUCUGUCACAUUUUUCUGGAUCCUUGUUGCUUGUUUUCCGAGUGCUAUUGCCAGUCAUGUCGUGUCAGAAUACCCCAACAAAUGUCUGGUGGAAGUGCUGAUUGCCAUCAGCAGCGUGACGUCUCCCCUGCUCUUCUCGGCCUCCGGCUUCCUCUCCUGCAGCGUGAUCAGCUUUAUUGAAAUUUUCCUGUACGAUGUGCCUUCGGCCAAGCAAUCCUAUGACAUCCUGCUGCUGAUCUUGAUGGUGCUGCUGCUGGUGCAGGCAGUUCUGACUUCAGCCACUGUGGUGCACUGUGCCUCCUAUAAGAGCCAGCUCCGCAUGGGGGCUCCAGAGUACGACGAGAGCAUGCACGCCUCGACCCAUUACUAUGAGCAGCACGCAGCCAAUGGAACGCUGCAGGAUUUUGACAAAGACAGAGCCUGGAAGGCCGUCGUGGUCCAAAUGGCCCAAUGAACAGUCCUUCAGUACACAGAGAAGUGUGAUGAGAGGUGGGAAAAGGAGGAAUAACACAAACCCUGUAAGCUGUAAGCGCAGGAGUACAAUCCUAAAGAUGUAUUCAGAGAUGGAGAGAGAGAGACAUGGAGGAAAAGGGAGAAGGGAAUAAAGAACAAAAGAUAGAGAAAGAAAUCAGAGAGAGAGGUUUGAAAGAAUGCAAGAAUCAUUUUUUUUUGUUUGUUUUUUAUUAAGAUAUCUGCAUAGGUGUUUUGAGCAUUUUGCUUUGUCUGAUUUCUGUUUGUUAGUUUUUUAUAAUUGUUGCCUGCUCACUGUAGUGAGCAUUAUUUCACCUGGAAAUCGAACCAUUCUCUGUAGUUUAAUAAGUAUUUUUACAUUGACACCAGGUGCAAUGAACAAUCAAGUGAGUUAAAGGAACAGUAUGUAGCAGAAAUGGAAUAUAAUAUUCAUGACUGUGUUUUCAUUAGUGUAUAAUCACCUGAAACUAAGAAUUGUUGUGUUUUCGUUAGUUUAGAAUGAGUCCUUCAUAUCGACAUAGGGAGCGGGUCAUCUACAUGGAGUCCACCAUGUUUCUACAGUAGCCCAGAAUGGACAAACCAAACACUGACUCUAGAGUGAGCCUUUCCUGUUUUUACGUUACCUGAAGGCCGCCUCUGAGCGAGGUCAAUUUUGCUGAUUUUGCAAUCGGCAGUUCACGUUAUUGUAGUUUUGGAAAGGGAGGAAUGAGCGGAGGGGUACUCAGUUGGUUACAAUCUGCAACCUCACCACUAGAUGCCACCAAAUCCUACACACUGUACUUUUAAUGUUUAGUAAGUAUAUAACUGUUUGCUACACUCGGGCCUAAACACAAAGUUUGAGGAUGCUGCUUUGUCAGCAUUAUUUUCGAGGUUGUCUUGUAAGAAGAAAAGAACGUCAGUCUGUAUAAAAAUCAACAAAUGAAACAUGAUUAAAUCAGUGGCAGACUUUAGUCUCUGCAGAUUUUCUUUCCUAACAGUGAACACUGACUUACCCUAGCACUCUGUAAGUUAUAUUUUGUUCUGUAGUAGUUGACCUCUUUGUGUCUACUUGCGUACAGCGGUGUGGUAGUGGUUGCAACAGCUUAUUAUAAGAGAACUGAACCACCUGGAUAUUGGAGAUUAACUGAUGUAAGACAUUUUAACUGAAAAUCUGUUUCAUUUAGGAAAAUAAAACGUUUGUCAUAA